CGGCAGAACGGGCAGACAGUUCGUGAGUAAAUGUCGCCGCAUUUGGUUGAUGAGUGGAUUCAGUUUGUGUAUGCUUCAGAGUCAAUACGAAAAUUUGUCAUUUAUUAGCCGGUUAUAAAUUGAGAAGUCUUAAUUGCUCACCGCUGAUUCUAAUCAGCAGUGUAAUUAAGAUUAUUUCUUAGUCGUUUUGUGUAAAUUCGCUGUGAAAAAGCCAAAUACGUAUAUACAUUGUUGUUGGCAUUUAAUUGUUUAACUCAGUUUUCAAUAUUACCUGAACUGCGAGCUCAGUUGAUUGCUGCACAAUGAGCAGUAAGGGUGAAAUCAGACGACGCGUGAUGACACCUAAUUCCAAUACGCACACCACCGAUCCACUGCUGCUGCAACAACAGCAACAAUACGCCGAGGCAUUUCGUACCCGAAGCUGUUGGCAACGCAUCUUCGUUAUUAAUGGCAGAAUCAAAUGGCAUUGGGCGCCCGUCUUUCUCAUCUUCUGGGUGCUGCUCUACUUUUACAUUUCAAUACCCGCCUACCAUCGUCUGCCCGUACCGAUAAACAUUGCAGAUGAAGCGCGAUAUCCAGAUCGUUUUAUUGCCGAGCGUGCUGAGCAAAAUUUGGCCAAGCUCAUAGCCUUGGGUCCUCGUGUGGUGGGUAGUGCCGCCAAUGAAAAAGGCGCUAUCGAAUAUUUCCAGGAAUAUUUGACAAAGUUAAAAGCGGAAGCUAAUCCCAUUUAUGACAUUGAAGGCGAUGUACAAUUGGCUUCCGGCAGCUAUUGUCAUUGGGAUAUGGUGAAUAUGUAUCAGGGCAUACAGAAUUUCGUGAUUAAAAUCGGCCUGAAGGACACGAACAGCACUUCGUAUUUGUUGGUGAAUAGUCAUUAUGAUUCGGUGCCGCACGGCAAAGGCGCUGGCGAUGAUGGCACUAUGGUAGCUAUUAUGUUAGAGACUCUGAGGGUAUUAUCCAAAUCCAACAAACCGCUUCGCAAUCCAGUUGUUUUCCUCUUCAAUGGCGCUGAGGAAAAUCCACUUCAAGCCUCACACGCUUUUAUAACACAGCACAAAUGGUCCAAAUAUUGCAAGGCUUUAAUAAAUUUGGAUUCUGCUGGCAAUGGAGGGCGCGAGAUUCUCUUCCAAUCGGGCCCUAAUCACCCAUGGUUGAUGAAGCAUUAUCGACGUGCCAUAAUGCAUCCAUUCGCGUCGACUGUGGCAGAGGAAAUGUUUCAGCGACACUUCAUACCAUCCGAUACUGACUUUAGAAUCUUUCGUGACCAUGGACGUUUAGUGGGCCUCGAUAUGGCGCAUCAGUACAACGGUUAUGUGUACCAUACACGCUACGAUGUUCCGGAGAUCAUUCCACGCGGCACGUUCCAAAAUACUGGCGACAAUGUACUGGCGCUAGUAUGGGAAAUCGCUAACGCACCAGAACUAGAAGAUCCAUCGGGCAACUCCGAGGGUCACACAAUAUUUUACGAUGUGCUGGGUCGCUCAUUGGUAUUUUACACUGAAACUGAAGGCAUAAUUGUGAAUGUUUUAGUUUCCAUCGUCGCCAUCAUCACUUGCACCAUAUCCUUCAAACAAAUGGCCAAAACUACAGGCUCUAAAUUUGGUAACAUUAUAAAUCGUGCCAUCACCUCGCUCGGCAUACAGGUGCUCGCUGUGAUCAGCGCUGUGGCGAUUUGCUUCUUUAUUGCUGUUUUUAUGGAUCUAGUGCACAUGCCCAUGACUUGGUUUACAAAUUCCUGGCUCAUUUUGGGGUUAUACUUCUGCCCGCUGUUCUUCGCUUUCGCUAUUGUGCCGGCACUGUACUUCCACUCACAAAAGAGGGUUCGCUUUCCACUAGGCUUCCGCGUGCAAAUUUUGCUACACUGCCAUUGUCUCUUCUUGACGUUUGUUACCUUGGGCGCCACCAUUGCUGGCAUACGAUCGGCUUUCAUGCUUAUGAUCGCUGUUCUGUUCUACUCAAUUGGUCUGAUCGUCAAUUUAUGCACUAAAUUGCACAAUAAAUCUUUGCCCUGGCUGAUACCGCAUAUCCUCUGCAAUAUUCCACCCUUCCUCUUCUACGCCUACCAGUCUCAUGGCUUCUUUGUCGCAUUCAUCCCAAUGACGGGUCGUUUUGGCGCUAGCGUUAACCCUGAUUUUAUUAUUUGUGGUUUUACAGUAGGAGUGGGCCUGCUUACGGGUGGCUUCAUGAUCCCGGUUCUGAAUUUAUUCCAAAAGUCAAAGGCUAUAAUCUGUUCCCUUCUUGGUAUUACGGUGUUCUUUAUAAUACUCGCAGCGACCCCUAUUGGAUUCCCAUAUCGGCCCGAAACCAAUAUACAGCGGUUCUCCGUUUUGCACACACGACGCGUCUUCCAUGAUGAAACCGACGGCAUUCGUCGCUUAGAGACUGGUUACUUUAUCAUGCCGCAGGAUCGGCGAACCUAUUCCGUUAAGAAUCAACUACUCAAUAUGUCUUUGGCAGAAACACUCGAAAAAGACUGCAAUGAUGAGUUAUUUUGCGGUCUUCCACUUUACAAUCACCGCUGGAGCAAGGCACGGGGAUCAAGCAUUUGGAUUCCUGGUCCAGAUCCGAAAUUCGACAAAGAGCCCGAAUUGAAAUUGAUUUCUAAGAAUCAAUUGAGCAAUACCUCUAUACGCUACGAAAUGGAACUGAGCGGUCCUGAUCAUAUGGGUAUAUAUAUAAAUCCUUUGAAGGAUCGCAAAGUUAACGCUUGGUCGUUCCACUAUACGCCUCUGCGCUUAAAUUGGAAAACACCAUAUUUCAUUUAUUUCUCCUAUGGCAAGGACAAGAGUCCAUUGAGAUUCAAACUCGAGUUCGAGAAUCCCUCAGCGGAUUGGAGUACACCAAUAUUUGAGAUUGGCAUCGCCGGACAUUGGAAUCACGACGAAAGCACGCAUACGCCUGAAUUUAAGAGAUUCCUGCAAAGUUUUCCUAAAUACGUUGAUGCAAUUGCGUGGCCAGCACACUAUGAAGUGCGACUGUUUUAAAUUUAAAUUAAAAUUUUUUUUACCUAAUUGUUCAAAGUCGUAAAAUUCACUGUCUACUUAAGAGUAAAAUCUAAAAUGUAAACUGUAAAUCUGUAUUAGCAUUGAUAUUGCCAAAACAACAAUUUUUAGGUUAAUGAAAUACAAAUUUAAAUAAAUUUUAAUAAUAAGCCCAUGAAAGGUAAAGUUCAACAAAUAUUAAUUAUAAAGUAAAAUAAUUAUUGAAAAGAAGAAGCAGCUUUAUUAAAUCUUCAUCGCAAAUUCUCAAUUGUAUCUGAAUAAUGGGGGUAUAGGGCUACCAACAGUAAAACAUUUUUCUCCCAUGAGAUCUCACUACAAAGUCAAAUAAGAAAACCGAUAUUAAUAAAAUA